AUGAUCAACAUUCACCAUCCCCUCAUGCCACGAGGGUGUGUGUUCCAAGGCGGCUGCUACAAAGAUGAAGUGCAAAUAUUUAAAAGAUUCUCCAAAAAAGAAUAUUUUUUGAAAUUUUGGUACUCAUUUCAUGGGUCGUCAACUUUAGCAACACAGAUCCUCAGAAGGAGACACGAAUGCAUUUCAUGUGAACAACUUUCAAGAUCCUCUUCAAAGAACUUUGUCUUCAUUGGAGCUUCCAACAAACAUCUCUCUCUUUCAAAUGGAACACCUUCAUCUUCAUUCAGAGGCUCUCCCUUUGAUAACAAUCAGAAGAUACUUGAUACAGUUACUACUCCAGAAGACAAUCAUUCGGGCAGCAGGCAGAGGCCUUGUAGAUGUUCCCAAAGAGUCCCUGAGUACCCUCUGACCCUCUUGAGCAGUCAAGAGCAACUAGAAAUCUGGAGAAAAAGCUAA